AUGCCUAACAGACUCUGGGCAGAAGCACUGAAUGCGGCAGUAUACCUGUACAACAGAACUCCGCACAGCUCGAUUGGCUUCAAGACACCAUAUGAAGCCAAAUAUGGGCGCAAACCGGACGUUAGCAAUAUCAGAAUCUGGGGAUCACUAGCAUAUCGCAAAGAGCUAAAGGAAUUUAUUGGCAAGCUAGAUCCACGAGUCCAGCAAUACUAUCUAGUUGGAUAUAUCAGCAAGAAUCUAUAUCGGCUGAUUGAUCUCAAAGCUAACAAAGUCACAACUGCUCGAGACGUCCAAAUACUUGAAGGAGUAUUUAAUGAUCAAACUCCUGACGAAGAACUUCAAAUGGAUACUGAUCAGGAUAUCGAUCCAAAUAUGGAUCAGAAUACCGAUCAGAUCGCUGUCCAAGCCCAGAAGUCAAACGAUCAGCCAAACAACUCUAUAAGAGUAACUGGCAGAAAUCCAAUUGUUCUGAUCCAAAAGAGAGCAAAAUCAACAGAAAUAGCUCUAUUGACUAAUCAGACCGAAACAGAACAAUCAGCUGAGGACAUUAUCCUAGAAGAAGUCAUGUUUACUUCAAAGGAUAUCACCGAUCCCAAAAACUAUGAUCAAGUGCUGCGACAUGAAAACAGUCAGCAGUAUAUAUCAGCAAUGCAAAAAGAGCUUAAUCAAUUACAGAAAAACAGCACCUGGACGCUCGUCCAAAGACCGUCCAAUAAGAAAGUGCUCAAAGGCCGCUGGGUACUUAAUAAGAAAUACCAGCAAAAUGGCGAUUUUAUCUUCAAAGCUCGAUGGGUAGCUAAAGGCUUUCAACAAGAGCAUGGCGUCAAUUACUACGAGACUUUUGCUAAUACAACUAGGCCUGACUUGAUCAGACUACUACUAGCAGUCUCUGCAGCUCAAAACUGGUGUAUCAAGAGCUGGGAUAUCAAACAAGCCUUCCCAAAUGCCUUGAUCGAUGCGACGAUAUAUAUCGAGCAGCCAGAAGGAUUUCAUGAUCCACAACAUCCUAAUCAUGUCUGCCUACUCAACAAGGCUUUGUAUGGACUAAAACAAGCCGGCAGACAGUGGCAAAAGCUGCUAUCAAGCCUGCUCAGCCAGCUGAAUUUUCGACCACUGUCGAUCGAUACAGCCACCUAUAUCAAUACCGAGCAAAAAAUCAUAAUCGCUACUCAUGUGGACGAUUUGCUCAUCUUUGGAGAAGACGAGCAAAAUAUCGACAAAUUGUUCAAUAAUCUUUCCACGAUCUCUAAUCUUGAGAUCAAAAAUAUGGGCGAUGUAUCUGAAUUUCUUGGAGUCCAAGUAAAUAGAUCUGAUCGAUCGAUCUAUAUCACCUAA